UGCCUUUCUCCAAAAUUUCCGCCUUGGGUGUUUUUGUUUCAUAUUCUGCAAUUUCCUGAUGUUUGGUGCUCAAACUUGUAUGAAUUUGCUAAAAGUGAAUGAUAUUCAGUGAUUCGUUGCUUGUAUGAAUCUGCUCUGCCGCUGGCCUGCUGCCGGACCGGAUCCAUUUGCUUUGCUGCCGCAGCCUCCUCGCCUCCGUCCGCCGGUGAUGAAGCUUCGCAUGCCCCAAAACAUCUUCCUCACCGACCUAUCACUCCUCCCUCGUCCCUUGGAUCCCUGUUUUCCUCGUGCAUCCUCGGCUUCCCUCCUCCCGAAUCCCCCCAUCCUUCUGCCAGCAACCGGCAGCCUUCCUUUGAAGCCACCGGUGAUCUUCUUUUCCUUCUCUCCUCAUGAGCUUCUUUAACACAUCGAAACCCCUUUGAAUCCUUCUUCCUCUUUCACGCAACCUCCACCUUUCUCCGGGUCCCUUCUCCCAUAUAGCUGGUGUUCAUUUGUCAAAGAAAUUGCCGGCGAUCUUGGCUUCAAACCACCUUCUCGAACCGUUCCAGUAGUCCAGCACCAACCACACCGGCGAGUGAGCAGCAGGAUGAGCGAGAGUACAAUCGGAUCUACCAACCAGCGACGGAGGUGAGGUGCACGUGAAGCUCCAACGACUCGGCAAAGUUUUAAUCUCCCAUUGGCUGGUCUUGGUUUAGAUUUGCAGAUCUGUACUAUUGCAGAGCACGAAUGGAGUGACGAGAGGCUGACGUCGACACAGAUUGAAGGCCCAUAUACAUUUCACAGAUUUUUGUAUAAGGAUCAAAAUCGGAGAGGCCCAAAUGCAUUGCAGAUUUGGGUAAAGGAGAAACAGAUUUGAAGAGCCCAAAACCGGGAUCCAAAAGACUAGAAUGUUCCUUCUAGGGUUUUUGUGUUUGGGUAUAAAUAGGUGGUCUUAGGAGCAGAAUUGGGGGGGUCUUUUUUUGGUGAGUGUUGACGGCGGAGAAGCUGGAAGAAUUGAGUCUGCUUUGUGUAGGUAAUUUCUUUGAACUGAGGAGUUUUUCUGGGAAAGGUGGUGAAGGGGACGAUGGGAGCCUGGUCCCGUGGGUGGGAUCCCUCCCAUCAGAUCUGGAUCUGCUUUUCCUAGAAGAAUUCUGCCGUGGGUGUUGCUUUGUUUGUUGAUUUCUUUCUCUUUGUAUUUUUCAUUUAAUGUUCAAGAUCGUAUGUAUUUCUUGAGAAAUGAAUGAAAGAUCAUAGGUUUGCCUGUUUAUUUGCUUCAGGAAUCCAGAACCUUUAAGGAUAUCAAGAAGGAACAACAAGAACACAAGGUGUAAUGGGCCUAAUGUCCUCUGAGAGGAAAGAUAAUUUCAACCUUCGUGGACCCUUGCACCUAAAGCAUAUCAAUUGGUAAGAU